UUAUGUGAUAAUUGUGCUGGGAUUAAUUGCUAGGGUGACCAUUCUCACUUGAACCAUCUUUCUUUUUUCUUGUCCAUUCAUACUUUAAUAAUAGCAACUAGCAUCAAGACAAAUGUACCCUUGCUUUGGAGGGCACUAGCCAUAUAUAUAUAACCCACCUUUUCUUCCCUUAUAUCACAUUGUUUGUUUCUUUCUCACAUUUCAUAAUACUUUUGUCCACUUCUCACUGCUCCAUCUCUCUCUCUCUUUCUCUCUCUCUCUCUCUCUCUCUCUCUGUCUAAAACAUAUGCAAAAGAGAAAAAAUGGAAGGUAACUCAGCUACCAAGUGGCUUUCGUUGUGUGUGGUGUUGUUAUCACUAAGUUCCCAGAUCAUAGAGUGCAACGUUACUUAUGACAAGAAAGCUCUUAUCAUCAAUGGACAGAAAAGAAUUCUCUUCUCUGGCUCCAUUCACUAUCCAAGAAGCACUCCUCAGAUGUGGGAAGGACUUAUACAGAAAGCUAAAGAUGGUGGUUUGGAUGUUAUCGACACUUACGUUUUUUGGAAUCUUCAUGAGCCUUCUCCUGGCAAUUAUAAUUUUGAAGGUAGGAAUGAUUUAGUUCAGUUCAUCAAGUUGGUACAUAAAGCUGGAUUAUAUGUUCAUCUUCGCAUUGGACCUUAUAUAUGUGGAGAAUGGAACUUUGGGGGGUUUCCAGUUUGGUUGAAGUAUAUUCCAGGCAUGAUUUUUAGAACAGAUAAUGAGCCUUUCAAGCUGCAAAUGCAAAAAUUCACCCAAAAGAUUGUUCAAAUGAUGAAGGAUGAACAGUUGUACGAGUCUCAAGGUGGUCCUAUUAUACUCUCUCAGAUUGAGAAUGAGUAUGAACCUGAAGACAAGGCAUUUGGAGCAGCUGGUCAUGCUUAUAUGACUUGGGCCGCACAUAUGGCUGUUUCACUUAAUACUGGUGUUCCAUGGGUUAUGUGCAAGGAAUUUGAUGCUCCAGACCCUGUGGUAAAUACAUGCAAUGGUUUCUAUUGUGACUAUUUCUCUCCCAAUAAAGCUUACAAACCAACAAUGUGGACUGAGGCUUGGACUGGCUGGUUUACAGACUUUGGAGGGCCAAUUCACCAGCGUCCAGUUGAGGAUUUAGCAUUUGCAGUUGCUCGGUUUAUUCAGAAAGGAGGCUCCUUUGUUAACUAUUACAUGUAUCAUGGAGGAACCAACUUUGGAAGAACUGCUGGAGGUCCUUUCAUUACUACCAGCUAUGACUAUGAUGCGCCUAUUGAUGAAUAUGGCUUGAUUAGGCAACCUAAAUAUGGCCAUUUGAAGGAUCUUCACAAGGCUAUUAAGCUAUGUGAAAGAGCUUUGCUCAGUUCUGAUCCUGUUGUCACAACCUUGGGAAGUUAUGAACAGGCACAUGUGUUCUCUUCCAAUUCAGGAGAUUGUGCUGCUUUCCUUGCAAACUACAAUCCGAAGGCUACUGCAAAGGUGACAUUUAAUAACAUGCAUUACAACCUGCCACCUUGGUCCGUCAGCAUCCUUCCUGAUUGCAAAAAUGUUGUUUUCAAUACUGCCGAAGCUGGAGUUCAACCAUCCAAAAUACAAAUGUUGCCAACAGAGGCUAGAUUCCUUUCAUGGGAAGCCUUAAGUGAAGAUAUAUCAUCUGUUGAUGAUGAUAAAAUAGGUACAGUUGCUGGCCUGCUGGAGCAAAUAAAUGUCACUAGAGAUGCUAGUGACUAUCUAUGGUACACAACUGGUGUUCAUAUAAGCUCAUCAGAAACAUUUCUAGAUGGAGGCCAACCUCCUAUUCUGAAAGUGAUUUCAGCAGGCCAUGGGAUCCAUGUUUUUGUCAAUGGACAGCUUUCUGGAUCUGUCUAUGGUACUAGAGGAAAUAGGAGAAUCAGUUUUUCAGGAGAAUUGAAGCAGCUGCAUGCUGGAAGGAACAGAAUCUCACUACUCAGUGUAGCAGUUGGAUUGCCAAACAAUGGUCCCCGCUUUGAGACAUGGAACACAGGAGUUCUAGGGCCAGUUGUUAUCCAUGGCCUGGACCAAGGACACAGGGACUUGACAUGGCAGAAAUGGUCAUACAAGGUUGGACUUAAAGGAGAGGACUUGAACCUUGGAUCUCCAAAUUCUAUUCCGUCAAUUAAUUGGAUGCAGGAGUCAGCCAUGGUGGCAGAGAGACAACCAUUGACUUGGCAUAGGGCCUUCUUUGAUGCACCAAGAGGAGAUGAUCCCUUGGCUUUGGACAUGAGCAGCAUGGUGAAGGGUCAGGUGUGGAUAAAUGGCAAUAGCAUUGGAAGAUAUUGGACUGUUUAUGCUGAUGGCAAUUGCACUGCAUGUAGUUAUUCCGGAACAUUCCGCCCUUCAACCUGCCAAUUUGGUUGUGGUCAACCCACUCAAAAAUGGUACCAUAUUCCUAGAUCAUUGCUAAAGCCAACUGAAAACCUAUUGGUAGUGUUUGAAGAAAUUGGAGGAGAUGUAUCAAAGAUUUAUCUUGUAAAAAGAUUAGUCACUAGUAGCUAAUUUUGGAACAUAUUCCUACCAAGAGCUUCCCAUUCUGGUCAUGCCAAUUGAUAGGGGCAUUAAAUCAUCACAAUUUAGAAGGGUUAGAGACCAGCUAUUGUGUAUAAUACCCAUUGCUUUUUAAUUUUUAUUUUAUAUGGCAUAUAAAUUGCGUGAUUUAAACUUUUUACUCGCAUAUUAUUUUAAGAAAAAAAUAAAUUAUUAAAAGUUAUGUCUA